GUUUCUAACUUUCUAUUAAUUCGCCAGUCGCUUCUCUUCCUCCUCACUGCCUCUCUGGUCACGGAAACAACAAAAAAACUCGUCUCUCGUCUCUCUGCUCUGCGCAACUAGAGAAUACGGAAAAACAAUGAAGAUAGAAGAAGUGCAAUCGACUACUAAGAAGCAGAGGAUUGCCACGCAUACUCAUAUCAAAGGCCUUGGGCUUGAGGCUACUGGAAAAGCAAUCCCUUUGGCUGCUGGAUUUGUGGGUCAAGCAGCAGCAAGAGAGGCUGGUGGCCUUGUAGUUGAUAUGAUCCGCCAAAAAAAGAUGGCUGGAAGGGCACUUCUGUUUGCUGGACCUCCUGGAACUGGUAAAACUGCCCUUGCCCUUGGUAUCUCUCAAGAACUUGGCACUAAGGUCCCAUUUUGUCCAAUGGUUGGAUCAGAAGUCUACUCAUCAGAAGUAAAGAAAACUGAAGUCUUGAUGGAGAAUUUCAGAAGGGCUAUUGGUUUACGUAUCAAGGAAAAUAAAGAGGUUUAUGAAGGAGAAGUGACUGAACUAUCUCCAGAGGAAAUAGAAAGUGUGACUGGUGGAUAUGGUAAAGCCAUAAGUCAUGUAAUUAUUGGAUUAAAAACUGUUAAAGGAACAAAGCAAUUGAAGCUGGACCCAACCAUUUAUGAUGCCUUGAUCAAGGAAAAGGUAGCUGUUGGAGAUGUUAUAUAUAUAGAAGCAAAUAGUGGUGCAGUUAAAAGGGUAGGCAGGAGUGAUGCAUUUGCAACAGAAUAUGAUCUUGAGGCUGAAGAAUAUGUUCCUCUUCCUAAAGGAGAAGUUCACAAAAAGAAAGAAAUAGUUCAGGAUGUAACACUUCAUGAUCUUGAUGCUGCAAAUGCGCGUCCUCAAGGUGGACAAGAUAUAUUGUCACUAAUGGGUCAAAUGAUGAAGCCUAGAAAAACUGAAAUUACAGACAAAUUACGACAAGAAAUCAAUAAGGUUGUUAAUCGUUAUAUUGAUGAAGGGGUGGCAGAGCUUGUCCCUGGUGUCUUAUUCAUUGAUGAGGUGCAUAUGUUGGAUAUGGAGUGUUUUUCUUACUUGAAUCGUGCAUUGGAAAGCUCGUUGUCUCCAAUUGUAAUCUUUGCCACCAACAGAGGGAUAUGCAGUGUGAGGGGAACUGAUAUGUCAAGUCCUCAUGGGAUACCUGUGGACCUUUUAGACAGAUUGGUGAUUAUACGAACAGAAACCUAUGGUCCUGCUGAGAUGAUUCAGAUAUUGGCUAUUAGGGCACAAGUGGAGGAGUUGUCAAUAGAUGAAGAAAGUUUGGCUUACCUUGGUGAGAUUGGACAACAAGCAUCCUUAAGGCAUGCUGUUCAGUUAUUAUCACCUGGGAGUGUUGUGGCAAAAAUGAAUGGGCGUGAGGGUAUUUGCAAGGCGGAUUUGGAGGAAUCCAAAUCAAUUGUUCCGGCUUCAAUUUCGGUGCUCAUACUCGUGCAGAAGGAUUGUAGAAGCUGUGAACUUUUGUUUGUGAUCAUGGCUACUGGAUUCGCUCCAGCUUCCUUUACAAGUUUAAAGAACAGAGACAAUGGGUUGGGGUUUGCAAAAGCUUCAGAUUUUGUCAAAGUUUCAGACCUUAAGAGAGUUAAGUUUCAGAGAACCAAGAUAACUGUGAUAAAAAACUCAAACCCUGGUUCAGAUAUUGCAGAACUCCGACCUGCUUCUGAAGGGAGCCCUCUAUUAGUUCCUGUUCAGAAGUAUUGUGAAUCCACUCACAAAACUAUCAGGAGGAAAACCUGCACUGUUAUGGUUGGAGAUGUUGCUCUUGGUAGUGAACACCCUAUAAGAAUUCAAACAAUGACCACAACUGAUACUAAGGAUGUGGCUGCAACUGUGGAACAGGUGAUGCAAAUAGCUGAUAGAGGAGCUGAUAUUGUUCGCAUAACUGUACAAGGCAAAAGAGAGGCAGAUGCAUGUUUUGAAAUAAAAAAUACCCUUGUCCAAAAGAAUUACAACAUACCUCUAGUGGCAGACAUUCAUUUUGCUCCUUCAGUUGCACUCAGGGUUGCUGAAUGCUUUGAUAAAAUUCGUGUCAACCCUGGAAACUUUGCUGAUCGAAGGGCUCAGUUUGAGAAGUUGGAGUAUACAGAGGAAGAUUAUCAACAAGAACUUGAACAUAUUGAGAAGGUUUUUGUUCCAUUGGUUGAGAAAUGCAAGAAAUAUGGAAGGGCAAUGCGUAUAGGAACAAACCAUGGAAGUCUUUCUGAUCGUAUCAUGAGCUACUAUGGUGAUUCUCCUAGAGGAAUGGUUGAGUCUGCAUUUGAGUUUGCAAGAAUCUGUAGGAAGUUAGACUACCAUAACUUUGUGUUUUCAAUGAAAGCAAGCAACCCAGUGAUUAUGGUGCAAGCAUAUAGGCUUCUUGUAGCUGAAAUGUAUGUUCAGGGGUGGGAUUAUCCUUUGCAUUUGGGAGUUACUGAAGCUGGUGAGGGUGAAGAUGGACGUAUGAAAUCUGCAAUUGGCAUUGGGACUCUUCUUCAGGAUGGGCUUGGUGAUACCAUUAGGCUCAAAUUCAACAAGGAGUGGCACCAUUUGAAGAGAAGAACAGACGUUAUUUUUGAUUUUCAAAGGAGAACUGGUGAUUUGCCUGUGCAGAAGGAGGGUGAAGAGGUAGAUUAUAGAGGUGCACUCCAUCGUGAUGGAUCUGUUCUCAUGUCUGUUACACUUGAUCAGUUAAAGACACCAGAACUGUUCUAUAAAUCAUUAGCAACAAAACUUGUUCUUGGUAUGCCAUUUAAGGAUCUUGCAACUGUAGAUUCUAUCUUGUUGAGGGAACUUCCACCUGCAGACGAUAAAGAUGCUCGACUAGCUCUUAAAAGAUUGAUCGAUGUAAGUAUGGGAGUAAUAACUCCUUUGUCAGAACAAUUGACAAAGCCUCUACCCAAUGCCAUGGUUCUAGUAAAUCUGAAGGAGUUAUCAACUGGAGCUCAUAAACUUUUACAAGAAGGCACACGUUUGGUGGUGAGUGUACGUGGUGAUGAGCCUUAUGAAGAGUUAGAAGUUUUAAAGACAAGCGAUGCUACAAUGAUUCUUCAUGAUCUUCCAUACACUGAAGAAAAAACUGGCAGAGUACAUGCUGCUAGGAGGCUAUUUGAGUAUCUCUCAGAGAACUCACUGAAUUUCCCUGUUCUUCACCACAUACAAUUUCCAAAGGGAAUUCCCAGGGACGAUUUGGUAAUUAGUGCGGGUGCGAAUGCGGGUGCUCUUUUAGUUGAUGGACUUGGAGAUGGUAUUUUACUAGAAGCUCCUGAUCAGGACUUUGAGUUUUUGAGGAACACGUCUUUUAACUUGUUACAAGGGUGUAGGAUGCGCAACACUAAGACGGAAUAUGUGUCGUGUCCGUCUUGUGGUAGAACUUUAUUUGAUCUUCAAGUGAUAAGUGCAGAAAUUAGAGAAAAAACAUCUCAUUUGCCUGGUGUUUCGAUUGCGAUAAUGGGUUGCAUAGUGAAUGGACCAGGGGAGAUGGCGGAUGCAGAUUUUGGAUAUGUUGGUGGUGCUCCUGGAAAGAUUGAUCUUUAUGUUGGAAAGACAGUGGUAAAACGGGCAAUUGCAAUGGAGAAUGCAACAGAGGCGUUGAUCCAGCUAAUUAAAGAGCAUGGACGUUGGGUUGAUCCUCCUGUUGAAGAGUAAAGAUACCAAUAUAUAUUGGUUAAAUAAAGCAAAUAAAAAGUGGUGAAAUGGAAAUUUGGCGUUAAAAGGAAAUACACGAGAAAAGAAGGAAGAUUAUUGUGGGUGAUAAGAUAUUUGAGAUGUAUAAGAUUAAGGAAAAUGAAAGAGAAAUGGAAAUAUUUAGUAGAUAUAUAUUGUGUGUUAUGAAAAUUACUGUAUUGUUGUAUAAAUACUGACUCAUACUCUAGUAGCAUGUGGAAGGAAAAUAGAAGUUAUUUUAGCAUUAAA